AUGAACUGCUCUUCCAGACAGCCAGCUAUGAAAACUGGUACUAUGCCACAUGGUAUGAUGGAUGAGAUACUGCUACUGCAGCCUUCACAAGGAACAUGUAUCAAUAACAUCGGAACCGCCCCAAGCAUCAAAGGAAGAGCCUCUCAUAAAUAUGAAUCGAGCGGUAAGGUAAUUGUUUCAAUCGAGAGAACUCCAACUUACCUAACUCCUUCGCAAAGAUUACAAAUGAGAAAACAACUUAUGAAUGAUCGGAUAGCUCAACGCCAAUUCAAGUCAGCUAAUGAUACCAGAGAAGAACUUGACCUCGAUUCUGAUGAUGAGGAAAUUGACUAUCACGUUGAUAUGUUCAACGUCCCUAUAAGCGUUCCUAUAGAGAAUAUGAUCAAGUUGAAAAAGUUGCCAUUUCAAUAUGAACGUGGCCUGUCCUUUACUACCGAAUCCACCAGAUGCUCCUCAAUAUUUAGCUCUGCAAGUGCAAACUCCUUAUGCUCUUCUGGUAGUAAUGAUAGCUGCCCUAAGCUGGCUCUCAAUGAUGCGCGAUUCAGUGAAAGAAACCUUUCUCAAGAUGCGUUGGAAAUAAGCUUGAACUUGGGAACGGAUGAAAAAUACAAAAUGAUACAGGAAGCUAGAGAGCGAAAGAAAAUGCUUAACCAGUUUCUCGAAGUCAAUUGCCCAAAUGUGUCCUUACAGUCACCCGUAGGGGACCAAAACUGUCCUAGAAAUCAUUCAAGCGGGGCUAGGUCGAAGACUAAUUUUUCGAGAUAUUAUCUGAGCACAAGACCGUCAUGGCUUCCCCCUAAAUCAUCAUACGAUAAAGUUAGACAUCAAAAAGAAUCAGAGGACAGAAUAUACCACGCGUUGUCUAAACAAGACAAAAUUAUUUCCAAGAAGCUAAAAAAAAUUGAGACAUUGAAAAAGUUAAAGUCUGCAGACUCUCAGAUGUGGAGGCUUCUUGAUGAGACACAAAUCAGAAUGUUGAAAAGCACGGCUGAAGGUCGUGAUAUGUAUUGGCGUGGUAUUCCAAAUUUCAAAAGAGCCUAUGCGUGGAGCGCCCUUCUUGAACCUGAAAAGAAGAUAUCAAAUGAAACGUGCUCGAAGUAUUUCUACAAGUCUAGCACAUUCGUUAUUCGCAACACCAAGGUGCAAUCGGAAACCAACAUAUUUCUGAAAUUAUUAGAAACCAUUGAUUCGGAUUUACUAAAUACGUUCACAGAGAAGGGAAUAUUCCAGGAAACUUUAGUUGCAAGAGAUCUUCGUGAGACAAUAAUAUCGUUUCUCCUAUAUUCCAGAGACAAAUUUGCAUCUGGCAUGAAUGAAAACCAAAUUGAGUCCUCAAAAAUUCUAUGCAACUCGUAUUGCCCUGGUAUUCCUAACUUGACAGCUUUACUCUACUCUAUUUACUUGGAUAAGUAUAUGGUUUUCAGAACACUUUGCAUUGUUUAUUCUAGUGAUAACCUAAUAUCCAAGAUCAUGAGAUCGAAACAAGAGGGUUUAUAUUGGAAGGAUUUAAAUUCGUCUCCACUUGCGAAACUCUCUAUUUUUGAAAAGUUCCUGCAACGCCUUACAAAACUAUGCCCUAGUUUGAGUGCGCAUUUAGAAUCCAAAAAGGUACUGACUAUUGAGUACGCCCCAUCUAUCAUCAUUGGGAUGUUUACUUCUUUCUUCAAUUUCGAUUUAUGCAUGCAUAUAUUGGACAUUUGGCUUUUCGAAGGGGAUAGCUUUCUAAUAGCAACAUUAUUGGCAACAUUGAAGGUGAUGUCACACAAGUUGUUUGGUUCUCGAAGCGAAAUAAUGGACAUGCUUGAACAGCACACGUCGCAAAAGCACAUCAAAGUUGGAGAUCUGGAUGAUUUUAUCAACUUGGUGCAUGAUUUAAUGACUAUAUAG